UUUGGGCUAUUGGGCCCAAAACACAACCACUUACCAUGGAAGACAAUAACUCGAAGAAGCCAGUUCCAGUAGAGAGAGAAAGUAAACCUAGAGAAAAGCCGGUGAGGAAGUGAAGUUGAAAGAGAAAGUCUAUUCGUAGGGGAAGUACGAAAUGGGAACCGAGGCGAAAAGCACUGGCGGUAAUUUAGGGGGAGGAGGAUUCAGGUCAAAAAUGGAUCGCGUCCUUUACAGUGGAGAAAAGAAGCAUGUCAUAGCUGGAAUCGCGAUUAUAACUUUUGUUUUUGGCGUUCCUUGGUAUCUCAUGAAUCGCGGAUCCAAGCAUCAGUCACAUCAAGAUUACUUGGAAAAAGCUGAUAAAGCCCGAAGUGCCCGGCUAUCUUCAGCUUCAUCCUCUGCCAAAUGAUAUUUCCUCUUUUUGAUUGAACUUGGUCACAAUUUUUUGCAGUUAGGUAUAAGUCUAUAGGUGCUCUUUGCCCUCUGCAGUCUGAUAUUUUGUAUUGCAUUCCCAUUCCAUAAUCUAUUAGACAUGCAUCUUCAAUUCCAUGAUACAAUAUUACAAAAUACAAUAACAGAUAAGUUCUGCUCUUGCAUAUGGGUUGAAUUGGCUUUAAAAUGUUUUCAAGGUGGAUAAUAGUUUGAUAUUUUAGGAGGAGUUGACGCUUUCACUAAGAGAUACUUGUUGUAUUCUGUUAGCACAGUUUGUUUGAUUAACUAUGCAAGCCUUAACAUGAAAUAAUCAUAUUGGGAAA